AUGGCACUACGACAGUUCUCACGCCUCGUCCGGUUUGUUUCGACCACAGAACCUGCAAAGGUUCUUAUUGGUCAACCAGAGAAAGAUGAUAUUGACAUUGGUGUUGCACUUCGUCAAAGACGUGAGGUUAAGAUCCAUGUCUUCUCCGGCAGCUCUGUUUUGGAUCCAGGUCAAAAAACGGGAGAAAUAGCUGUCGUGAGCCGUAUCAUGUCGCCAUUAGAUGCCAGCGAGGUUGGCACCAUCAGAUGUAUUGGACUAAACUACAAGAGUCACGCUGCUGAAGUUGGUUUGGACAUCCCAACAGUACCUACGCUCUUCCUAAAGCCCAGCACCUCCAUAGGAGACCCUUGGCCAUCCGUCACACCACUACCCAAGUUGACGCAGGUUGAUGACUGCGGGGACUACGAGGCCGAACUGGCUGUGGUAGUCGGAAAGGCAGCAAAAAACGUUACGAAAGAGGAAGCGAUGGAGUAUGUUUUGGGCUACACAGCAGCCAACGACAUCUCAAGUCGCACCAGCCAAUUUGGUCAGUCGCAAUGGUGCUUUUCUAAAGGGUUUGACGGCUCUUGUCCACUAGGCCCUGCUCUAGUUUCCAAGGAUCUUGUACCUGAUCCUUCGAUAUUCCAUAUCCGUGGGUUGAAGAAGGAUGAAGUCUUGCAGGACUGUGGCACCGAUGACCUCAUCUUCGACAUUCCCACCUUGGUGAGCUUUCUGUCCCAAGGUACAACACUCCUGCCAGGUACAGUUAUUCUUACCGGUACACCUGCCGGUGUGGGUAUUGGCCGUAAACCCAAGGUUACAAUUAGUGAUGGAGAUGAGUUUUCCGUGGAGAUUCUGCCACAUAUCGGUACUUUGGUUAACACCUUUAAGAACGCAGCUUAG